GCAGCGGCGGCGGACGGGGCAGGGCCGGGCCGGAGCCGCGCAGCGGCGGCAGCGCCAUGGGGCUGGAGACGGAGAAAGUGGACACCCGCAUCUUCAUGGACGACGACGACAACUUCCCGCGGAGCGGCGGCCCCGCGCUGUCGGACGCGGAGAAGUGCGCGGAGGACGAGCUGGACCGCGACCCCCACGGGCUGAACUCCCACCUGCAGCUUGGCUUCGAGGAUGUGAUCGCGGAGCCCGAGCUCACCCACUCCUUCGACAAGGUGUGGAUCUGCAGCCACGCUCUGUUUGAGCUCAGCAAGUACGUGAUCUACAAGGUCCUGACUCUGGUCCUCGCCAUUCCGAUGGCCCUGGUUGUGGGGAUCGUCUUCGCCACGCUCAGCUGCCUCCACAUCUGGGUUGUGGUGCCUUUUGUGAAAACCUGUCUCAUGGUCCUGCCUUCAGUGCAAACUGUAUGGAAGAGCCUGACAGAUGUUUUUGUUGUACCAUUCUUUCAGAGCCUAGGCCGGUGCUUUGCCAUGGUUAAUAUACGCCUGGACCAAGAGUAAACUUCGGAGAUGUGACACUGCUGUAGUUGUAGCUGGUGUUAUACUUCUUUGCUAACCUAACAUACAAGCACUUGCCAUUCAUUCCAAACUUAAAUUACAAUGGCUGGUUUAAGUGGGAACAUGCUGUUUUUAUUAAAACUCAUUUAUUAUCAGGGAGAUCCAUUUAAGAAUUAGUAGGCAGUUUUCAUAGCUCACUAUUUCAACAACAGAGUGAUCAUGGAGUAUAUUGGCAACACUUUAUUUUAAUGGUAGGUUGAUUGGUAGAUUAUGGGAGAAUUCUCAUGGAGGACUAAAUGCCACCAGAGUGAUAAUGAUUGGUGUUAUUGCUAUAAAUAAAUAAAGGAAUAGGCUGUGAUACCUUAGACAAAACUGAUCUCUAGGGUUUCACACUGACUUUACUGCAGUUCCACCAGGGAUCAUUUUUGGCUCCACUAUGCAGAAUGAUAAACCCAGUCCUCUGUUAUCAGCAGUUAAAGUGAACGUGACUCAUUGCAUAAACAUACAGGCAAAGGAACUGUUGUGUAAUUCUCCUGUAUUGGGGGAGGAGAGGGGAAGCUCCCUAGAAGUUUAUCCCUUAAAAUAAGGUGUUAGUUAAUGAUCUGUAACAUUAGCUAAUCUGUAUAUUUUAUUUAAUGAGAGAUUAACUUUGCUGUAUAUUUUGUACCUUUGUAAAUGACAGUUGAUCAGGUUUCUAUGAAGCAUAGUUUCUCUAGUAUUUGAAUUCUAACCAACUUAUUAAGCAGCAAGAGUGAGACACUGCAAAAAUUAUUUUAGAUAACUAAUAUUUCCUUUUCUAAAUUAAAUAGAUUUUGAGUGUUGCUGUGCAAUUUUAAUAUAUUAAUUAUAUAUGAUUGUGUGUAAAAGCAAAGAUUAUAAGUGUUUAUAUACACGAUUAUGCAAAAGACUUGGAAAUAUCUGUUUAUGAGAAAUGGUUUUUAUUAAAAAUUGGGUGUAAUAAAUGCUACCCUGCCUAUUUCUGUAUAUUAUUGGUGUGAACAUUGUGAUAUUUAAAGUAAUAGACACUAUGCUAGCACUUUAACCAGGUUGCAAGUUCUUAUAGAAGGCAAGUGACUGUACUUGGUAUCCUUGUCUAAUUCUCCUAACCUAUUGACUUGACUCUCUCUGUUGCUAUUUUACUAUUACAAAACUUAACCCCUGAAAAAGACACUUCUUUCUUCUGCACCUAAUAUGACUUUUUAAACCAGAAUAACAGAAAAUGUGCAGAGGUACAUUAAAAUUACAUUAGCCUUCUGCUGGGCUUAUGCUGCUGUUUUAUUUAAAUACAGAUGGUAAGUUGCAAUUGUAAAAUGUUUGUAUGAUUUAGAAUGUUAUUUUCUAAAAUGUCUCAAAUUUCUUAUCAAACAAGAGGUAUCUAAUAAAAUAAUAAAAUGUCA